CGACAAGGUCAGUGCUUGGUGUGUCGUGUUUGAAAAUGUCGGCAGAUGGUGCUCUUCAUGAAUUCCUAGCAAGAGAAAAGGAAGAAUUGCGCGGGCUAGAAGACGAUUUAGAUUUUACACCAAAUGGUGAGAAUAAUGCUGUUGAACACCAAGUAAACGAGGAACCGGAGUGUGUAAAACUUUGGGCCAUAAGUUUUAAGAAGCGGAUAGAGGUCAAAGACGAUGCUGAACGUAAAAGCAUGUUCAUGCUAGAAGAACAAGGACUCAAAGAUUUGCAUGAGUGGGCACUUCAGUACCGCGAUUCUCUUGCGCGAGGACAAAAACUCAGCCGCGCUCAUGACAAAGAACUUCAAAGUGCUCGACAAAAAGCUGCAGAAGCAUCAGCCAGAAUGUCACAGGUGGACGCUGGCCAAGCUGUUUUAUGGGAAAAAGUUUGCCAGUUGUGUAAUUUCGUCACUUCUGGUAACGAAGAAACAACAAACGUUCACACCGUCCCGAUAAAUACGAAGGAUAAUCAGCGAGACUUGAACAGGAUGCGUGUGCUCCUUCUGCAGUUGAAGAAGAGUCCCCCCGCAAUACAACCUAGAAUUCGAUCCCAUUAAUCUACAAGCUUACUUUUACUGAAGUGCAAUAUUAUAUUUAGAAACUGAUCUCAAAUAUUUAGCUUCAUGUGACUACCAAGUAUACAUUCCAAUUGUUAUAUGACCAUCUUUAUCUGUGUUUACAAGUAUAUUCUUAAUAAAACUGACUUCCGAAUUUCAAUCUUUACAACGAACUUCGUCGUCUCAACUUCUGGUGGCAGCGUGGAAAUUCUAAUAAAAAAGCGGUGUUAUAUGAAAGAGCUCUGUAC